AUGACUUUUUCACUGGCUGUGUACCUGCUGCUCGUGUCGUUCGCUCAGUGUCAGCACUAUUAUCUCCUCCGACCCAUCCCCAGUGACACUUUACCCCUACUGGAGCUGAAAGAGGAUCCCGACCCGAUAUAUGACCCUCGAGAAAGGGAUCUUAAUGAAACCGAGUUGAGGGGCGUUCUCGGGGACUUUGACAGCCACUUCCUUUCCAUCACCACCCCUCAGGACCGGUACACGGGAAACGACGAGCUGGAUGAGCUGGACGAGCAGGAUCUCCUGCAGAACCCGAUCGGACUGAUGCCCAAAGACAUCCGGGCUCUGGACUUUGACAUGCAGUGGGGCAAAAAGCGUAAAGCCAAUAAGAAACUGAAGCGGCGGCUGCAGAUGUGGCUGUGGUCGUACUCAUUCUGUCCCGUGCUUUACGCGUGGAAUGACCUCGGCUCGCGCUUCUGGCCCCGGUACGUCCGGGCGGGCAGCUGCUACAGCAAGAGGUCGUGUUCGGUGCCGGAGGGCAUGUUGUGCAAACCGGCCAAAUCCACGCACAUCACGCUCCUGCGCUGGAGAUGCGUGCAGAGGAGAGGCGCGCUCAAAUGCGCAUGGAUACCCGUGCAGUACCCCAUCAUCACAGAGUGCAAAUGCUCCUGCGCCAACUGAUCACGAAUAUUAAUAACCAUAACUUAUUCAAAACUCUCAUCUGAUACAUAUAA